ACAUUCCCUACAAAAAAAAAAACACUAUUGACUUUUGGAGAAUAAUUCUUACAAUUUUCCCUCCUCUCCUCAAUUCCCACCAAAUUUCCCAACUUUCUCAACGGCUUUCUGUCUUUCUCUCUCUUCUCUUCCCCUGUUUCAGUACGUAUGAAGCGUAAUUCAAAGUACCCAUUAAUGGCAAUAACCUUUAAAUCAAUCAGUACUCUCAAUUUCUUCAUCUUCCUAUUUUUAUUUCUCUUACUUCUCCUUCUUCUUUCUCUCUCUUAAAUCAUUACCAACAAUGUGGAAUUACCCAGAAAAUCAAAACCCAUUUGCAGAAUCAAGCUCAAGUACCCAGAAUUAUCAUGCCGAAGAAGACGAAGAAGCUUUGAAAUUGGCAGCUUUAAAGCGCUCAAAUACUUAUAAUCAAGUUAGAACUUCACUUUUUAAGAGAAUUUCAGGGGAUGUUUCUCAAGUUGAUGUCACUAAACUUGGGAAAGAUGAAAGAAAUCUUGUGUUGGAUCGUCUUGUAACUGCUUUUAAUGAUGAUCCUGAGUUGUUUUUCAGUAAAUUCAGGGAGAGAUUUCUUGCUGUAGGUUUGGAGUUUCCAAGGGUUGAAGUGCGAUAUGAACACUUGAAGGUUAAUGCUCUUGUCCAUGUUGGAAACCGAGCAUUGCCUACACUUCCCAAUUUUAUCUUUAAUAUGAGUGAGGCUUUCUUGAGAAGGAUUGGCAUUUUCCGUGGCAAAAGGGUGAAUUUGCCAAUCUUGAAUGAUGUUAGUGGCAUCAUAAGGCCUUCAAGGUUGACACUGCUUUUGGGUCCUCCAAGCUCUGGAAAGACCACUCUUCUUUUGGCCCUUGCUGGACGUCUUGGACGCGGAUUAGAGACAUCAGGGAAUAUAAGCUACAAUGAAUAUGAGCUUAAUGACUUCAUCCCUCAGAGGACUUCCGCUUAUGUUAGUCAAAGAGAUUGGCACAUGGCAGAGAUGACAGUCAGGGAAACUAUGGAGUUUUCUAGAUGUUGCCAAGGAGUUGGUUUCAAAUAUGAUAUGAUUUCGGAACUUCUGCGAAGGGAAGAGAAAUCUGGGAUAAAACCUGAUGAAGAUCUUGAUAUAUUAAUUAAGGCCCUUGCACUAGGGGAGCAGAAAACAAGUCUGUACACUGAAUUUAUUAUGAAGAUUUUAGGACUGGACAUUUGUGCGGAUACACUGGUGGGAGAUGAAAUGCUCAAAGGAAUUUCUGGAGGCCAAAAGAAGAGGCUGACUACGGGAGAACUGCUUGUGGGUGCAUCCAGAGUGCUUUUGAUGGAUGAAAUAUCAACAGGUCUAGAUAGCUCAACCACACAUCAAAUCAUCAGAUAUCUCAGGCAUUCCACCCGUGCUCUUGAAGGGACCACUGUCAUCUCCUUACUCCAGCCAGAUCCCGAAACAUACGAGCUAUUUGAUGAUGUUAUUCUUUUGUCUGAAGGCCAGAUUGUUUAUCAAGGACCACGUGAGGGUGCUCUUGAGUUUUUUACUUAUAUGGGGUUUAGAUGUCCAGAAAGAAAGAAUGUUGCUGAUUUUCUACAAGAAGUAACAUCAGCAAAAGAUCAAAGACAGUAUUGGUACCCUGGUUGUUUAUACCAAUACAUCCCCGUGGAAAAUUUUGCAGAAGCUUUUAGGUCACAUUGUCUAGGCUACAUGAUAUCCCGAGAGCUUGCUAUCCCUUUUGAUAAACGUUUCCAUCAUCCAGCUGCUCUGUCAACUACUUCUUAUGGUAUUAAGAGGAUUGAGCUUCUGAAGAUUGGAUUUUCCUGGCAAACCUUACUUAUCAAGAGAAAUUCAUUUCUAUACAUAUUUAAAUACAUACAGCUUCUUCUGAUUACUCUCAUCAUGGUAACUGUUUUUUUCCGGAAAACUAUGCAUCACAAUACGCUUGAGGAUGGUGGUGUUUAUCUUGGGGCUAUCUACUUCUCAAUAGUUAUGACUUUAUUCAAUGGUUUUAUGGAGGUUCCUAUGUUGAUACAAAAGCUUCCAGUUCUUUACAAGCAUAGAGAUUUGCGCUUCUAUCCAUGCUGGGUUUACACACUUCCGUCUUGGAUUUUGAGCAUUCCAUUCUCAUUUAUUGAGAGUGCUAUUUGGGUAGGAAUUACGUAUUAUUUGGUUGGAUUUGAUCCUGAAAUAACAAGAUGCCUGAAGCAGUUCCUGCUUUUCUUUCUUUUGCACCAGAUGUCUAUCUGCCUCUUCCGAGUGAUGGCAUCCUUAGGAAGAAAUUUGAUAGUCGCUAAUACUUUUGGGUCUUUUGCAAUGCUGGUUGUUAUGGCUCUCGGAGGAUUUAUUCUUUCUAGAGACAGCAUUCCUAAGUGGUGGAUUUGGGGUUAUUGGGUUUCCCCAUUGAUGUAUGCUCAGAAUGCAGCUUCUGUAAACGAAUUCCUGGGAAAUUCUUGGCAUAAGAAGGCUGAAAACAGCACACUAUCUUUAGGUGAAAUGCUCUUGGAGACCAGGAGUUUGUUUCCCGAAAGUUACUGGUAUUGGAUUGGUGGUGGUGCAUUGCUCGGAUACAUGAUUCUGUUCAAUAUCCUCCUAACCUUUUUUUUGACAUACCUGAAUCCCCUUGGGAUGCGUCAAGCUGUUAUCACCAAGGAUAAGCACCAACGCAGGAAUCAGGAAGAGGAGCAAGAAAAUUCCCCUGUUGAACUAGGAGAAUUUUUAGCACACUCAUUCUCAUUUACUGGACAAAAUCUCCAAAUGAGAGGCAUGGUUCUUCCAUUUCAACCUCUUUCUAUGGCUUUUAGCAACAUCAGAUAUUAUGUAGAUGUCCCUGCGGCACUUAAACAACAAGGUGUAACAAUAGACAAGCUGCAGCUGUUGGAUAAUAUCACAGGGGCAUUUAGACCGGGAAUCCUUACUGCAUUGGUUGGAGUAAGUGGUGCGGGAAAAACAACUCUCAUGGAUGUCCUAUCAGGUAGAAAAACAGGUGGAACUAUUAACGGGAGCAUAUACAUUGACGGUUACCCUAAAAGGCAAGAAACAUUUGCGAGGAUUUCUGGUUACUGUGAACAGGAUGACAAUCAUUCCCCAUGCUUAACCGUGCAUGAAUCACUUCUUUUCUCUGCUUGGCUUCGCCUUCCAUCGCAUGUUGACCAAAAAACACAAAGGAGAUUUGUGGAUGAGGUCAUGGAACUUGUGGAGCUUACCUCAUUAAGCGGAGCUUUGGUUGGUAUACCUGGUGUUGAUGGCCUAUCCACAGAGCAAAGGAAAAGGCUGACAAUUGCGGUUGAACUUGUAGCAAAUCCUUCUAUUGUAUUCAUGGAUGAGCCCACUUCUGGACUUGAUGCCAGAGCUGCUGCUAUUGUCAUGAGAACUGUGCGAAAUAUUGUUGACACUGGGAGGACAAUUGUUUGCACCAUUCAUCAGCCUAGCAUAGAUAUUUUUGAAUCAUUUGAUGAGCUCUUGUUGAUGAAGCAUGGAGGAAGAUUGAUUUAUGCUGGACCCGUAGGAAACAGAUCAUGUGAGCUUAUCAAGUAUUUUGAGGCAGUUCAACAGGUUCCACGAAUCCAGCCUGGCUGCAAUCCUGCUGCUUGGAUCCUGGACGUAUCAUCUCCUGCAGAAGAAAGUCGCCUAGGAAUCGAUUUUGCAGAGAUUUACCAAUCAUCACCUCUGUUUUUGCGAAACAAACACAUGGUGGAACGUCUCAGCAAACCUGAUCUGGAUUCUUUUGGACUGAGCUUCCCUACUAAAUAUUCUCGGUCAUUCCUCUCCCAGUUUUUAACUUGUCUCUGGAAACAAAAUCUCUCCUAUUGGCGGAACCCACAGUACACUGCUGUUCGGUUUUUGUACACCGUCAUCAUCUCGUUGAUGUUUGGAACAAUGUGUUGGAAGUUUGGUGCAAAAAGGGGUACCCAACAAGAUAUCUUCAAUGCUAUGGGAUCAAUGUAUGCAGCAGUUCUAUUCAUUGGAAUUACAAACGCUACUGCUGUGCAACCAGUUGUGUCAGUUGAACGAUUUGUUUCAUACAGAGAGAAGGCGGCAAGGAUGUAUUCUCCUCUAGCAUUUGCAUUUGCCCAGGUGACAAUCGAGUUCCCAUAUGUUUUCAUACAGUCGGUCAUCUACAGUGGCAUCUUCUACUUCAUGGCAUCAUUCGAAUGGAACCUCCUGAAAUUUGCUUGGUACUUGUAUUUCAUGUACUUCACAUUACUGUACUUCACCUUCUUUGGGAUGAUGACUAUCGCAGUUACACCAAACCAUAAUGCUGCUGCUAUCAUUUCUGCUCCAUUCUACAUGAUGUGGAACCUUUUCAGUGGAUUUAUGAUCUCUCAAAUGCGGAUCCCAGUGUGGUGGAGAUGGUAUUACUGGGCAAACCCAAUAGCAUGGAGCUUAUAUGGUCUUCUAACAUCUCAAUACGGGACCAUAAAUGACCCAGUAAAGCUCUCCGAUGGAGUUCGAUCAGUUCCUUUAAGGCAAUUAUUGAAAGAUCAAUUUGGUUACAGGCAUGAUUUCUUGGUUAUUGCUGCUAUUGCUGUACCCAGUUUCAGCGUGAUCUUCGCAUUGACUUUUGGUUUCGCCAUUAAAUCCUUUAACUUCCAAAGGAGAUGAAGGAGGUUAACUUACCAUAGAGAGAUCAAGAUUUUCUUGUUCUUGGUUUUAACAUCAUUAAUGUGGCUAAAUGUCUGAUACAUACUAAAAUACAUUUGUACUUGUAGUUAGAAUGUUGGGGAUAUUAGUGUUGUACCAACUAAGUCGUUGUGGCUGUGCCUUAAUACUUGCUACAGAUACUGUGGCUGGUGUACUUGCUGCAAUGUUGUCGAAUUUAGCUUCUAAUACUGUUACUACUUACUACAAGCUUGUCACUAAAUACGAGCAUAAGAAGCUUUCAAAUUCCA